CCGGCGGGCCUGCGCGCGGUUUUUGCGUGCUCCGAACCGCUAAGCCGCGGGGCACGCCGGAGACGGCUCGCCUUGGAUCUGUGAAUAGCUGCUCGCGAGAGAAGCGGCUGACCCCGACCAGCGCGCGGUCCCAGGUACCGGUCCGGGCCGCGCCGCGCUCUGUCCGGCCUCUCCGCCGCUCUCUCCGCGCCUCUCUGGACAGUGGCAUCCUCGGCGGGAGGCGGCAGUCGACGGCGCCAGGUUCAGUGCCCACACCAUGGCCGCGACGCUGGCGCUGCUGUGGGCGCUACUGUUGGCGGCGGCCGCCUCCCCGCUACCGCAGGAUGUCCAGCUAGUCCAGGGGGACGUCCAGGUGGUCCAGGACGUCCCGAUCCCCGAUAAUGAAGAGAUCCUGCAGGCGUCGGUCAUCAUCCGGCCGCCAAAAAUCGAAAAGGUCACUCAGGUCACCUCGAAUAAUCAGUAUCAGAAGCUGUAUGACGAGAGCGGCAAAUACAAGUUCGGCUUCGACGACGAGAAUCAAUUCAGGGUGGAAGAACGCCUUUCGGACGGCCAGCUGCGGGGCAUUUACGGCUACAAGAAUGACGACGGCUCCUACAGCGCCUUCAUGUACACAUACGACGGUGAAUCGUACAAACAAGUACCGUACACGGUACAGGACAUUCCUGAGCAGUUGAGGUUGCCAGUCGAAGCCCAAGCGCCGGCCCGGUUCGUCCGAAACGGACUGGAAGCGAUCGCUGCUGAGCCAGCGGCCGCUGACCUCGAGUCAGAGGUCAUAGAGGCUGCUCCGUAACGGCGCCCCGCCCCAGUCACGUCCAGACGGCCACCGGAUGUCACGUCCGUCAGUCGAGAAUUCCACAAAGGGUGACGUUUUCUGACGCCCUGUGUCGAUGGCAGAGCCUCUGCUGACGGCUUUCUGAACCAAAUUCGUGGUGGCUGCAGCCCAGAUGGCAUUGCUGUUGGCUGUGGCCGGUCAAAUUCUGCAAUGGACGGUUGUAUGGAGAACCCUAUCCUGAUAUGCACGCGUAUAAUUCUUGAAUAUAAAUUGAUCACACUGUA